AUGGUCCCCGGCUCCACGACUUUCCCAUCUUGCGAUGCAGGAAUGCAGGAAAGUGCAGCUCGCGAGCACUAUGGGUUACUCUCAGCGGAGAAGCUCCAGGCCUUCAGGCAGUGGAUGUGCUGUUUCUGUGUCUGCGUCUUCGACCUGGAGCAAGGACAGCAGCUGGAACUGGAAAUGCCAGGCGAAAGCCCUCUGUCUGAGGAGGAUCGUCAACUAUUGCGGUACCUUGCGUUCCCGGAUUCAGGACCCAGCCGCCUGACAUCUGUCGAAACAGCGGUGUUUCCCUUUCGUUUCCGCCGGGGAAGUGGCGCAUCUCGAGGUCGCAGUGGCCAAGCAAGCAGGGAGUUGAUGCUGAAGCAGGAGGAUUUCUGGUAUGCUGCAGCUUACUUCCAGCAGCAGCCAGAUGAGGCAAGCAAACGGCAUUGUGUGCAGCGCAGCCUUGUGGUUGUCUCCCAGCAUGGCUUUCUGGCUUUCUGGGCUGCGUUGGUGACGGAGGUCGGCAAGCACUUCCAGGAGCGGGGACCUGAUGUCCUCGAAGAAGUCGUGUCAACUAUCGCAAGUUGGCCUUCACCUCCUGCAGGCUUGGAAGGAGCAACGCCUUUGCAGUUGCCUUUGCUGGGUGGCGUAUUGGAGUUCUUGCCCAUGGUACCGGUCCGUUCGACGCCGGCAGAUGGCAGCCUGGUGACGGCAGCUCCGGUUGUGCCGGAACCAGCCUAUCAAUGGUCCUCGCUGGCAUGCACGGGAGCAUGGUCAGCCAGGUUGUCUGGCAAUGUUCAGGCACUGCAGCAGAAGAGGGCCGGGGAGGCACAGGCGGCAGCGUGGGCGUCGGUUGCAACCGAGGAAUUGACCUUCGUCGCCAAAUCAUUGGGUUUGACCUCAGGGGCCCCACGAGGAUCUCCAAUGCCGUGGAAACCGUACACGGCUUUUGCACCAUUCGCAGAUUGUCUGUGGCAGUUCUGGGAGCUUGCACUGUGCGGGGAACCCUUGCUAAUUUUCUCGCCGGAUUACCCCACACAGGUUGCUGAAGCAGUCCUAGCUGUGGCCUCCCUCAUUGCUCCGGUGGAUUACAGUGGAGAUUUCCGCCCGUACUUCACGAUUUACGACGGUGAUUUCGAACAUUAUCGUCAGCUGGUGCAAAGCAAUGCGAUCUCGUCGAAGGCUGUUGUAUUUGGCGUGACAAACCCGGUGAUGUUGCAGUUGCUCGCCGACUUCCCCACGGCAAUCUUGUUGCAACCUCGCCACCGUGAGGAGGCCGGUACCCAGUCGCAAAUUCCAGCCCCUGCAGCUUCACAAGAGGUGUUGCUGGAGACUCCUUCCGGGGACAGGCUGCAGCGAGCUCGCCGAGUCCUUGGGAGUCGUGGGUAUGCACAGUCGGAGUCGUCCCAGACCGGCUUGGGGGUCCUGGAUGCAGACGCAGAACUCCUGCAACUCAUCAAGGCGCCUGACUGCCUGGAUCGGGAUGGCACCGUGCUGCGUUAUUUUUACGAGCUAACGCUGGCAUUUCUUCGUCCGUUUCUACCCCACCUUCAAGCUUUGACAAGUGCGGAAGGUGUCACGUUCGACUCGAGCUCCUUCCUUGCUUCACUGCAGCCGGUCGGCCCCUUCUCGCAAAUCUCACGGAACGAUUGUCAGAACCUGUACUCUCGUUUCAUCCGAGGAGUAAACUUCAAGCCCUGGUUGGCGAAGCAGGUCUCGACAUCCUCUCAGCGGCGUGAGGACACUACCUCGGCGGCUGCUGCUGUGAUGGCAGGACAUGCAAUGGGGAACGUUGGCACGGGUGAUGUGGAUGAAGCCCACCGGAGCGAUGUGAACUCUCCAGGCCUCGACGAUUCGAGCCCCACAAAGCCGACAGCUUCGCAGAAGAAAUUGCCUUUGCACAUCGAUGCCACUAUGCAUGCAGCUGUAGAAAGUUCCAGGGCAGAAGCUUUUGCGGACACCAUUUGGAAAAGGCGCACAUACCCUCCCCGCUCUCGCCUCAAACUACCUGCCACAUUUUUCGUUUUCCAAGAGGUGGACUGGACCCUUAUCCACCACUUUGUGGACAGGACCCGCGCGAAGAAGGCGUGGCGAGAAUGCGAAGAGCACAUCUGGAUCAUGCCUGGAGAUGAGAUAUACCCCAUUGAAGGCCGCGUGGGCCUGAAGCGCAGCUCCCUUUGCUGGCUCCAUUUGUCCUGUGCGCAGCGCUUGGGCCCUCCGCCCGUGCCGCACUGCAAGCACUUCGUGCGUUCCGGAUGCUGCCUCUACGGGGAGAAUUGUUUCUUUGUUCACCCCCCAGAGGCUGGCCUUGAGGCCCUCCAACGGCAGCGGCAUCGCGCGCAGCAGCCCAACGCCAAGAUUGCAAACCGUGGGGAAGGGCGGCGGAAUGCAGUAAAGAACUACAGCAAAGCCUCGGUCUUGAGAAGGUGGCUCCUGGAUACUUUCGGAGUGCAGCGAUUGCGCACCGGCAGUGGUGUGUUGGAUGUUGCCGGCGGGAAGGGCGAGCUGGCAUGGGAGCUCCUGAACCUGAACUUGAUUCCUGCAGCGGUGCUGGAACCUCGCUUGCUGGAGCUUCAGUCCGUCGAACGUAAGUGGCGAGGUGGCAUCUACUGGCGCAACCCAAUAUUCCACAGCCACCUGCAUUGUGCUCAUGACUCGUCUCUUGUGCCGAAGGCACCUGCGCACUUGCGUUUGCUGCUCACGCCUGCUCUGGUCAGUUGGCUCUGCAGCUUCCGCAGUGAUGGCAGACCUGAUGGCGACCUGGGAAACCUGAGUGCCUUUACUGAAGCGCACACGAAAGCAGCUGACCUUCGGUGGACGCGGAAAGGUCUCCGCAUGCAUGAAGACGGCGAGGCUUGUGAAGCACUCGGCGGCGAGGUUGAAGAGGACGGUCAUGAAGACAUGACGGACGACGCGACAAAAGAGCUGCCAAACCCAGGAGAAGGCUUGGUUCCACCAGUCGAGAUGCCUGAAGACUUCCAGCUUAUUUGCCAACUCGCAGCGGACAGCAAGGAUUGCAUUCUCAAUUGCAGUGCCGUUGUGGCGCUGCACCCUGAUCAAGCAGCCGAGCCAGCGAUACGUCUGGCCCUGGCCCUGCAGAAGCCCUGCGCUGUAGUGCCCUGCUGCGUCUACUCUGCAGGCACGGGUCUUACUGCAUUUCUCCGAAGAUUCAGCCGAAUAGAUCUUUGCCGGGAUGUUCAAGAUGUGAAAACAGGGCAGGAAUGCCAUCGUUGCAGGAUGUUACAAGGUGAUGAUUUUUGA